GAAAAUGAUAAGGUACAACGGGGAGCAGUAGCCAUGAUGAUGAUUGCAAGGGCAAAGGAAGCCUUGACGGAAUGGAUGCCAAUUAACAAAAGGAUUAUUACAGCACGAUUCUACUCAAAGUACAAAAAACUGACAGUGGUAAAAGCAUAUGCACCAACAAAUGAUGCGAUGGAUAAGGAAAACAAUGAACUCUACAACCUGCUGCCGGACACUGUAUCAGACUGCAACGGAAAUGGUAUUAUGGUGGUGAAGGGAGAUUUGAAUGCCAAGGUAGGCAAAAACAAUACAAAUAGAGAGGAGGCGUGGGAAAACUGGAACAAAUUUCCCUCAAAAAGACAUCCAUAUGCUUACCUGGGGGUCACCAGAUGGGAGGACAGUAAACCAGAUUCACCAUGAUUAGUGAAUGGACACAUGAGAACAUCUAUAUUAGAUACCAGAGUAAUGACAGGAGCAGACGUAUACAGUAAACAUUACGUUGUGAAAACGAGGAUCUGUCUAAAGUUGGCAAGAGCUGAGGGGAGGAAGAACGUAAAGGAAAGGUUUGACGUAAGUAAACUGCAAAGUGAAGAGACCAAAAACUACUUGGAGAAGGACAGUCAAGAAAGAGCGAAACAAAGCUGGGAAAUACCCAAAGUGAUUGCACAAGACAGAAAGUGUUAGUCAGACAGCAUGGAGGAAAUAUGCGCCUACUGGCGCGAUAACACUUGAUGAUGAUCACGAUAAAAAUUCCAGUGUUGGAACGAUGAGGUCAACAUUCUAAUGUGUAUAAAAGAGGCCAGAAUUACAAUGUUUGAAGGAAUAAGACAAGAAUACCAAAGUUUAUAAAAAUAGGGCCAAAAUUUCAAAGUUUGUAAGGAGAUCACAAUUUCAAUGUUUAUAAAAAUAGGGCCAGAAUUCCAAUGAUUGCAAGGAUGAAGUCAGAAUUCCAAUGUUUAUAAAAAAAAGGCCAGAAUGACAAUGUUUUGAAGGACAAGAUCAGAAUUCCAAUGUUUAUAAAAGUAGGACCAGAAUUUCAAUGCUUGGAAGAAUAAGAUCACAAUUCCAAUUUUAUAAGGAUAGGGCCAGAAUUUCAGUGUUUGGAAGUAUAUGGUCGGACUUCCAAUGUUUUGAAGGAUAAGAUCAGAAUUCCAAUGUUUAUAGAAAUAGGGCCAGUAUUCAAAUGUUUGGAAGGAUAAGAUCAGAAAACCAAUGUGUACAAAAAAAGGGCAAGUAUUUAAGUAUUUGGAAAGAUAAGAUCAGAAUUCCAAUCUUUAUAAAAAUAGGGCCAGUAUUCCUAUGUUUGGAAGGAUAAGAUAAGAAUUCCAGUGUUUAUAGGAAAUAGGGCCAAAAUUCCAAUGUUUGGAAGGAUAAGAUCAGAAAACCAAUGUGUAUAAAAUAGGACCAAAAUUCCAGUGUUUAGAAAGAUAAAAUCGGAACUCCAAUGUUUAUAAAAAUAGGGUAGAAUUCCAAUGUUUGGAAGGAUAAGAUCAGAAUUCUAAUGUUUAAAAGGAUAGUAACAGAUUUCCAAUGAUUACAAAAAUAGGGCCAGAAUUCCAAUGAUUGGAAAGAUGAAGUCAGAAUUCUAAAGUUUAUAAAAAGAAGGCCAGAAUUACAAUGUUUUGAAAGACAAGAUCAGAAGAACGAUAUUUAUAACAAGAGGACCAGAAUUUCAAUGCUUGGAAGGAUAAGAUCAAAAUUCAAAUAAUUACAAGGAUAAGGCCAGAAUUUCGAUGUUUGGAAGUAUAAGUUCAGACUUCGAAUGGUUCUAAAAAUUUGCCUAGAAUUCCAAUGUUUAUAGAAAUAGGGCCAGUAUUCAAAUGUUUGGAAGGAUAAGAUCGGAAAACCAAUGUGUACAAAUAUAGGGUAAGUAUUUGAGUAUUUGAAAGGAUAAGAUGAGAAUUCCAGUGUUUAUAAAAAGGGACCUACAUUCCAAUGUUUACAAGGAUGAGAUCAGAAUUCCAAUGUUCACAAAAAUAGGGCCAGUAUUCCUACGUUUGGAAGGACGAGAAAAUAGGGCCAGAACACCAAAGUUUAGAACGAUAAGAUCAGAAAGCCAAUGUGUAUAAAAAUAAGGCAAGUAUUGAAGUAUUUGAAAGGAUAAAAUCAGAAUUCCAACGUUUAUAAAAAGGGGCCAAAAAUUCCAAUGUUUGGAAGGAUAAGAUCAGAAUUCCAAUGUUUUUAAAAAUAGGGCCAGAAUUUCAAUGUUUGUAGUGAAAGAAUAAGAUAAGAAUUCCAAUGUUUAUAAGGACAGGACCAGAAUUUCAAUGUUUAUACAAAUAGGGCCAAAAUUCCAAUGUUUCUGCUCCGAAUGGGGUCACCACCUUAUCGUGGUAGGGCAGUUUGCGUGUCUCCAUGACCCCUAGAGCUAUGUCAGCUGGAGUCUUGCCCUCCUGGUAGGGCCACCCAUGCCGAAAAGGUCAAAGGGUGGAGACCGGGCAAACAGUGAUCCCGCACCUGGUCCUCAAGGUUGGGGUUUGGUCGUAAAGCUUACGACCCCACCACAUAAAAACAGUUACAGAAAUCAGAAGUGUUGAUGAUGAGACAACAGUGACUCGGGGUGUCGCUGCUGGGGCUGCAAUGACGCUAUUGGGUCAAAGCCAGCUCGAAGCCCAAAGGAUGAAAGGCCCCCAUAGUAGCCUCCAAGCGACAGAUGAUCAUUGGCUCCUGGAACGUGAGGACCAUGGUGGAGAAAACACGGGCAGAGCAAGUAGCUAAGGAGAUGAAAGAAAAUGGGAUUGAAGUGCUAACGAUAAGUGAGACCAGAUGGAAAAGGCUGGAUCAGUAACACUGCAGAGUGGAGAGAAGGUGGUGUAUGUAGGAAAUGAUGAGGCACAACAGGGAGGAGUAGCCAUCAUGAAGAGUAUGACGGCAAAGGAAGCCUUGCUGGAAUAGACGCAAAUUAGCAAAAUGAUCAUUACAGCACGAUACAACUUUAAGUACAAAAAACUGACAGUGGUACAAGCAUACGCCCCGAUAAAUGAUGCAAUGGAUAGGCAAAAGAAUUAAUCCUACAAUCACCUGCAGGACACUAUUUCAGACUGCAACAGAAAUGAUGUGAUUGUGGUGAUGGGAGAUUUGAAUGCUAAGGUAGGCAACAACAAUACCAAUAGAAGGGAGGUUAUGCGGAAGUUUGGCAUUGUUAUUAUGAAUGACAGUGGAGAGAGGUUAUGUGACUUCUGUAGUGCAAAUGGGUUCAUCAUAACUGGAACAAACUUCCCUCAUAAAGACAUCCAUAAGCUUACCUGGGUGUCACCAGAUGGGAGGACAGUAAACCAGAUUCACCAUGUUCUAGUGAAUGAAAACAUGAGAACAUCUAUUUAG